AUUUCGCUUUGGAAUUGUCCGAAAAUCGCAUUUGUGUUAGGAAGCGUCGGCUUGUCGCCGUCGACGAGGUAUAGAUGCGCCCGGCCGACGCUGAUCCGUUACCUUUCGUCCUCCCACCAUCGGUGCACGGCGCGCGAAGAAGAUGAAUGAACGAGUACAAGCUUUUGUCCGGGUCUCUGGCCCUCCGAAUAGCAGUUUUCUAGUUGGAUACCCGGGAAUUUCGGCUACAUUGCCGCGCAUCGAGGGUAAAGUCGAAAUAAGACCAUCGUCAGGAUAUUCCGCUCCCGUCGCUAUCUCUCUAGUGCGAAUAUGCUUACAGAGAAGAGAAACAAUCCACCCAGCCGCCGAAAACGUAGCGAAGCGCCAUCUCGGUACACCUCGACGCGAUACUACCGAUGUUGUUGGAAAGGAACUUUUGUUAUACCGGUGCGCGACGGGUAGGGAGGCCGAGAAUGUCGUAGCGAUGGAUCUACCAUUUGUACUAUUCAUCCCUUUCGGACGAGGCGGCGAAGAGACGAAUCGAAGGAUACCCCCAGCAUCAUUGCAACUUCCGAGCCGAACCGCAGAAACAUAUUACGAAUUAGUGGUUACCGUACAACAGGGACAGAGUGUACAGAAUAAAUAUGCAUUCCCCGUACCCUUGCAACGAUACGAUACACUAUCGACCUUUGGAAUGUACAAUCGACCCGAGCACAAGGUUGCGACAACAGACAAUAUAGUAACGCUCGGCAUUUCGCUUCCGAGAUGGAGCUACGGACCUAUGGAUCCGAUCACUGUAUAUAUCAAGCUCGCGCCAAAUCUAGAUUGGAUGGCCAAGGCGAAGAAGGUCACAAUACAGAAGAUCACGCUUGCGAUCGAAGAGGAGAUCACCUAUAACCCCGAAGGAGACGAACCAACCAAGAAGAUCAACAGGUUGCAGAAGCACACCCAAACCGUCGGAACCAAAUUGCCUGAAGCAGGUUUCGUGACCAAUAUGGGUAUCAUAUUUCCUCACAAGGACCUAAGGGAUGCGAACGGAAUCAUUCGAAGAGGACAACCAGCCUUUCCUAAUUACGAAGUCACAUCAUUCACGACAACCUCGACACUAUAUAAGAUCGAAUUUUAUCUAACUAUUAAGGCACAAUUAACGGCAGCCCGCGAUAUUAUCCUCCGACAACCCAUCGUUAUAUGCCCAUUAGAUCACCAAGCAUGCAAAGAAGAAAUGGAUGCUAUCGAACAAGCAGCUAAAGAUGCUUCCUCCGUGGACCCGAAUAACCCUAUGCUACCUGCGAGAACCAUCGUCCUGGCUAAUGAUGCCAACGCCCUAGCGACGUUAGGAUUUUGUACUGUAGGAGGACAGAAGAAACCACUAAUCGAAUGAAAAUACCGCCCUAUUAAUACGACGAGGGAGAGAAUCCAUCCUCAUUCUUUGCACGAGACCGUAAUCAAGGCAUCAUGGCCCCUGAGUUGAAGAUACAUUGCGCAUGUGCCUUGCGAGAUCUCGUG